UUUUUUUCAUGAGACGAAACGAAACGAAACGAAACAGAGCAAACCAGAACGAAAACAUUCUUUCAUUUCAACUUUCUCGUACUCAUUAAAGGAGGAGAGCCUCGGAGAAGAUGAUGGAAGGAUGGUGGUGGAGCUGAUGAGAUGACACGAUAUAUAUACACUGUAUGUAUAUGUCCAUAAGACACAGGGGAGGAGGUAGCUAGCUAGCGAAGAGGGGGGAUUGAAUUGAAUUGGGUUGGGUUGGGUUGGGUUGGAGGGGAGAUGGCCGGGAACGAGUGGAUAAAUGGGUACUUGGAGGCGAUACUGGACAGCGGUGGGGGCGGCGGGAUUGAGGACAGCAAGGCGGCGGCAGCGGCCGCCGUGAACCUCAGGGAGAGGGGCCACUUCAACCCCACCCAGUAUUUCGUGGAGGAGGUGGUCACCGGGGUCGACGAGACCGACCUCCACCGCACUUGGAUUAAGGUGGUCGCCACCCGCAACAGCCGUGAGCGCAGCUCCCGCCUCGAGAACAUGUGCUGGCGCAUCUGGCACCUCGCCCGCAAGAAGAAGCAGUUGGAAUGGGAGGAAUUGCAACGGUUCACGAAACGAAGAUGGGAGCGAGAGCAAGGCCGAAGGGAUGCAACCGAGGACAUGUCAGAGGACUUGUCGGAGGGAGAGAAAGGGGACCUUGUGGGAGAGAUGAUGUCAACAGAGACCCCAAAGAAGAAGUUCCAGCGCAACUUGUCCAAUCUCGAAGUUUGGUCGGAUGAUAAAAAGGAAAAGAAGCUUUAUAUCGUGCUGAUUAGUUUGCAUGGACUGGUCCGUGGAGAACAAAUGGAACUUGGUCGAGAUUCUGAUACAGGUGGACAGGUGAAAUAUGUGGUGGAACUUUCCCGAGCCCUGGCAAGGAUGCCUGGAGUGUACCGGGUGGACCUCCUGACUCGCCAAAUUUCCUGCCCAGAGGUUGACUGGAGCUACGGAGAGCCAACUGAGAUGCUGACAUUGGGCCCAGGGGACGCCGACCCUGGCGAGGCUGGGGAGAGCAGCGGGGCCUACAUCAUAAGGAUCCCUUUUGGUCCGACUGACCAGUACCUCCGCAAGGAGCUCCUGUGGCCCCACAUCCAGGAAUUUGUGGAUGGGGCCCUGGCUCACAUCCUUAACAUGUCCAAAGUCCUUGGUGAGCAGAUUGGAGGGGGCCAGCCUGUUUGGCCCUAUGUGAUCCACGGCCACUAUGCAGAUGCAGGUGACAGUGCCGCCCUCCUUUCAGGGGCUCUCGAUGUUCCAAUGGUCCUCACGGGGCACUCCUUGGGGAGGAACAAGCUGGAACAGCUUCUGAAGCAGGGUAGGCAAUCGAAGGAGGACAUCAACUCUACGUAUAGGAUCAUGAGGAGGAUUGAGGCAGAGGAGCUUUCCCUUGAUGCGGCUGAGCUCGUUGUCACAAGCACGAAGCAGGAGAUCGAAGAGCAGUGGGGCCUCUAUGAUGGGUUCGAUGUCAAGCUUGAGAAGGUGUUGAGAGCCCGUGCUAGGCGUGGGGUCAACUGUCACGGGCGGUAUAUGCCGAGGAUGGUGGUUAUUCCUCCUGGAAUGGAUUUCAGCAAUGUUGAGGUCCAGGAAGAGAAUUCCGAGGUUGAUGGAGAAUUUGCUGCUCUUAUUGGUGGUAGUGAUGGCUCUUCUCCUAAAGCUCUUCCUGCAAUGUGGUCCGAUGUGAUGCGGUUCCUUUCAAAUCCUCACAAACCAAUUAUCCUAGCUUUAUCAAGACCUGACCCAAAGAAGAACAUAACAACUCUUGUGAAAGCCUUUGGAGAAUGCCGCCCUCUGAGAGAGCUCGCCAAUCUCACCCUAAUUAUGGGGAACCGGGAUGAUAUCGAUGAGAUGUCUGCUGGGAACGCUAGUGUGCUCACGACAGUUUUGAAGCUUGUUGACAAAUAUGACCUAUAUGGGCAAGUUGCCUUCCCAAAGCACCACAAGCAAUCUGAUGUCCCAGAUAUAUACAGACUUGCUGCAAAAACCAAGGGGGUCUUCAUAAAUCCAGCACUAGUCGAGCCAUUUGGUCUUACCUUGAUUGAGGCAGCGGCCCAUGGGCUUCCCAUUGUGGCUACCAAAAAUGGUGGACCUGUUGACAUUCACCGGGCGCUCAACAAUGGCCUGCUGGUGGACCCUCAUGACCAGCAAGCAAUUGCAGAUGCGCUCCUCAAGCUUGUCUCAGAGAAGAAUCUAUGGUAUGAGUGCCGAAAGAAUGGGUGGAAGAACAUCCACCUCUUCUCAUGGCCCGAGCACUGUCGUACCUACCUGACCCGAGUAGCCGCCUGUCGGAUGAGGCACCCCCAGUGGCAGACCGACACUCCAGGAGAUGAACUGCAGGUCAAAGAGUCCCUCAAUGAUUCACUCAAGGAUGUUCAAGACAUGUCCCUUCGGCUCUCAGUAGACGGCGAUAAGUCCUCGCUAAACGGGUCCCUCGACUUAUCAGCUAUAGCCUCUGGGGAUCGUGGGGUCCAAGAUCAGGUGCAGCGGGUCUUGAGCAAGAUCCAAAAGGGAGAGCCCGCUGCAGCAGCAGGUGGUGGUGGGGACCACGGGAAAAAGCUGCUUGAUGGCGCAGCUAGCAAGUACCCAGUGCUGAGACGGAGGCGUAAGUUGGUGGUUAUAGCACUUGAUUGUUAUGAUGAUAAAGGAGAGCCUGAGAAAAAGAUGCUCCAAUUCAUUCAAGAGAUAAUGAAGGCCAUCCGACUAGACCCUCAAAAUGCUCGGGUUUCUGGCUUUGCCCUAUCGACAGCAAUGCCCAUAUCAAAAACCGUUGAGUUCCUUAAUUCAGGGAAGAUUCAGGUAAACGAGUUUGAUGCUUUGAUUUGUAGCAGCGGGAGUGAAGUUUAUUACCCAGGGACUUACACCGAGGAGGAUGGGAAGAUUCUCCCAGACCCAGAUUACGCAUCGCACAUCGAGUACCGAUGGGUCUGCGAGGGCUUGAAGAAGACCAUUUGGAAGCUCUGUGCCCCCGAAGGUGAAAAAAGCCCUAUCGAGGAGGACAGAAAGUCAAGCAACUCCCACUGUGUCUCGUACUUGGUGAAGGAUCUUAGUAAGGCGAAGAAAGUUGAUGAUUUGAGGCAGAAGCUAAGGAUGAGAGGUCUCCGCUGCCAUCCGAUGUAUUGCCGAAACUCGACAAGACUACAAGUUAUCCCCCUCCUCGCAUCUCGAGCGCAAGCACUCAGGUACCUCUUCGUGCGUUGGAGACUGAACGUUGCGAACAUGUACGUGUUCCUCGGGGAGAGUGGGGACACAGACUACGAGGAAAUGAUAGCAGGAGCCCACAAGACUGUGAUCAUGAAGGGAGUCGUAUUGAAGGGUUCUGAGGAACUGCUGAGAACCAACGCGAGCUUGCUUAGGGAUGACAUCUUGCCGAGGGAGAGCCCUCUGGUCACCCACUUGAAUGAGGGAGCGAAUGCGGACGUCAUUGCGAAUGCUCUGAAGCAGGUUUCAAAAGCUAGGCAUUGAAAUGUGAUGCUCGAGUUAGAGAGCAGGUAUUAAUUAUUGCAGGGUAUAUUAUUACUGGUUUUAAUUCUGUAUUUAAGUUUUACGCAGUUGCUGGAUCCGGUUGACGUAAAAGUUACUAUGGCUGCUCAAACAUUUUUCUCAUGUGAUUAAUUGAUUAUCCCUGCUGAGAUGUUCGCUAAGAGUAGCUUCCAUCUCAGGGAAUUCCUUCUGUCAAACA